CUGCAUUUUAUUCACCAGGGAUUAGAGACUAUCACAAUCUUAAAGAAGUACCGGCGUACCCUAUAAUCAAAAGAAUUAUAUUAUCUUAACAUACUCUCUUCUUCUUUUGUUUAUAUUUUUUUUAUCAUUUUCUUCUACCUUUUAAAGCAGGGCACUGCAGUUCUGUCGCAAUGCCAACUGUGCACCUGCUGGACUAUGUUGCUGGGAAUGUCCGUUCUCUGGUGAAUGCAAUCAAUAAAGUUGGAUAUGAUGUGGAAUGGAUUAGGUCUCCUGAUGACUUGAAGAAUGCGGAGAAACUCAUCCUGCCGGGUGUCGGUCACUUUGGCCAUUGUCUCUCCCAACUUUCGGAAGGAGGGUACUUGGGGCCUAUCAAACAGCAUAUAGAAUCCGGCAAACCUUUCAUGGGAAUCUGUGUCGGGCUACAGGCCUUGUUUGAUGGCUCAGAAGAGGACUCCCAUGUUCCUGGACUGGGGCUGGUCCCAAUGCACAUGCAAAAAUUCAACGCCGAUACAAAGAGUGUGCCUCACAUAGGGUGGAAUUCCGCCAUGGAAACCAAGUGUCAUUCUUCGGGUGACCAAACUUUCUACGGAUUAGAUCCAACCAGCAAGUAUUAUUACGUCCAUUCAUACGCAGCAUUCUAUACACCCAGCGUGCUGGAGGCGCAGGGCUGGUCGGUUGCCACCGCAACCUAUGGCAAAGAAGAAUUUAUCGGUGCUAUAGCUCGGGAUAAUGUCUUCGCGACGCAAUUCCACCCAGAGAAAAGUGGCAAUGCUGGUCUACGAACCAUUCGCGCCUUUCUUAAUGGUGACCGGUUUCAGUCACUCGCUAGAGGACCCUCUCACUCACAGCAGCAAGAUAAUGGAUUGACUCGCAGGAUUAUCGCCUGUUUAGAUGUCCGUACAAAUGAUGCCGGCGAUCUAGUAGUCACCAAGGGUGACCAAUAUGAUGUCCGCGAGAAGAGCGGUGUAGAUGCCGGCGGACAAGUUAGGAACCUGGGGAAGCCAGUUGAUAUGGCCAAAAAAUACUACGAACAGGGGGCCGAUGAGGUCACUUUUCUGAAUAUAACAUCUUUCAGAAAUUGCCCUUUGGCAGAUACGCCUAUGCUGGAGAUUCUGAGAAGAACGUCAGAAACUGUUUUCGUGCCUCUUACUAUAGGGGGUGGAAUCAAGGAGACCGUGGAUACCGAUGGCACUCCCGUUUCAGCGCUCGAUGUGGCAACUAUGUAUUUCAAAUCCGGGGCUGACAAGGUUAGUAUUGGGUCGGACGCCGUCAUUGCAGCAGAGGAAUUCUAUAAAGCGGGAGGAAAAUUGAGCGGACAAACAGCAAUAGAGACAAUAUCACAGGCCUAUGGAAACCAGGCUGUGGUUGUGAGUGUCGAUCCCAAACGUGUCUAUGUGUAUCGACCUGAAGACACCAAUCACCAUACCAUCAGGACGAUGCACACAAAUGCGGCAGGUCAGAACUUUUGCUGGUACCAGUGUACUAUCAAGGGGGGCAGGGAAACUCGAGAUGUUGAUGUCCGACAGCUGGCGAUAGCUGUGGAGGCCAUGGGAGCCGGUGAAAUCCUCCUGAAUUGCAUUGAUAAGGACGGAAGCAACAGCGGAUUUGAUCUAGAACUUAUUAACGAUGUCAAAGCUGCUGUCAAGAUACCAGUCAUUGCUUCAAGCGGGGCUGGUGUUCCUGAACAUUUUGCCGAGGUCUUCGAGCGCACAGCUACUGAUGCAGCUCUGGGUGCUGGCAUGUUUCAUCGUGGCGAGUAUACGGUGGAUGAAGUUAAGGGGCACCUGAGUAACAGAGGAUUUUCAGUCCGUUCUUUGGAAACUGAGAUAUGACAUGCUAUUCUGGCUUCAGGGUUAAAUAGGG